UCACCUUACCACUCCCAUCGUACCAACAAAAACCAGAUUGGAAGUCUUUGGAACGACCGAGCGCAGUACGCAGACAGCCGGAAUCAGCGCUUGUUGCCAGUUGGCAUCGGAACUACCAUUUAAAUCCACCGAGUUCGUCGACGACACUACUUGUUCUACCUGUUUGAAGAGCGGGCCGUGGCCGCGCGAUGUCCUUUUUUUCGACGGUUUGACGUUUGACCUUAGCCAGUGUCCGUACAGUGAACAGUAAAAAAAUCACUCAGGAUCGAUCAUGUCGAGCGAAAAACUGAACGGCAAUCAGGCGAAGACCCGGUUGUGUCACAUCAAAAAAGUCGACGACUUCGACGGGUACGGGUUCAACCUGCACGCGGAAAAGGGCAAGCCCGGCCAGUACAUCGGCAAAGUUGACGAAGGGUCGCCGGCGGAAAGCGCAGGGCUCAGGCAGGGCGACCGCAUACUUGAGGUAAACGGGGAGAGUAUCCUGAACAAGCCCCACAAGCAGGUGGUUGAGCUGAUCAAGCAGCACGCGAACGAGACCAAGCUGCUUGUGGUCGAUCCCGAAGACGAGUCCAUCAUCCCAACGAACAACGAAACGUCGAAAAACGUAUCGAAUGGUAAACAAGAGAACAACCACACGAACCACCACACGCCAACGGGGAAAAAAGAAGAAAAUGGCACUUUGAACUUGAGCAUGACCGCGGCUGAACUUCGAGCGAAGCUAGCCGCCAAGAAGAAGUUCGAUCCGAAGAAAGAGGCGAUGGAUUUCAAACAGAAGUUCGAUAUCGUGCAAAAACUAUGAAUUUUCGCGGCUACAAAAAUAACUAUCGAUCUGUGUAAUAGUGUGAAGAUCCUGAGGACCAACCAGUAACUUAACACACACCUGAAGAAUUUGUUUUUUUUAUUUCUUAUUGUAGUUCAAAGGAGUGGCUGAAUAUUUCACCGUUUAAUUAUGCACAGUUGUACAGCCUUACUAAGGCCCAAUUUAGAAUUUAAGCCUUUGUUUGUCAACUUGUUUUGUUACACGAAGGAAGAUUUUUGCCAAUACUCGUAGCCAGAAUUAUUGCAUCAUUAAAAAACCUAAGAAAAAAACUAUUUCCAAGCUCUAACUAUUUACAAAUUUAAUUUAUUUUAUCAGUAAUAAUAAUUAUUUUGCCUGUUAUUUAUCAGACUCCUAAAUUUAUAUAAUUUACUUAAAUAAACUUAGAGAUCAUCUCAGAUCACUCUUCCUUUCUAUACAAAGAUUAACAUGAUGUCACCAAUGAAGAAUUAAAUAUCGUAGGAAGAUUUAAAUAUUUUUUUAAUAAUAAAGUUCGAAUAGUUCUGGCUCUCACUGUAUAUAGUAUAUUUCUAUUGGACUACGUAGAGUAGCCCUCAAUGUCAUUCCAUGAUACUUAAUACCUAAAUACCUAUUACAGAAGUAACCUUAGGCCAAAAUACCUGAGUUUCUGAAUUUUUAACAAUAAACAAACUACCAUGAUGACCUUGUACAUUUUAAAUAGCACAUGAAAUCAAGGGGGACCAACGAUUUGAAUUUAUUACGCGCUAGUGUAGUCAUCGAAUGUCAAAAUAUACUGAACAUUUCUCGAAUUUAAUCUUUUUUGUGGUAAUAUGCAAAUUUUUCGAGUUUUUUCCUCGAUGCACCCACAUGCUGAGUCGGGUUUAUAGUUUAACUAGUGGGAAAUCCAUAAACUUUGAUAUUAUUUACGUUUAGGUAUUAAAAUCAGGUUUUCGUUUUAUCAGGUUUUAGGACGUGUAUGAUAUAACCGAUUUAUUUUUAAAGUUGAAAUAGUUUUUCGCGUAAAAAAUGUCAAAUCCAUUAACAAAUUAACGACUAAAGUUGCUUUAUGUGCUAUUUAAGGAAAAUAUUGUGGUCUAGUAUUAUAUAGAUUCUCCCAUAUAGUUUAACGAAAUUUAAGGCGAAGAUAUUUAUUUUUUAAACAUUAUUUAAUUAUGUUAGUCUUCGAGGCCUAGUCCUGCACUGUUGUAUAUUAAAAUCGUACUUAAUUUUUGUAAAAAGUAAUCUGUUAUUUAAUAAACCAACUUAUAAAAA